AUGGUAGUGCAACCUCCAUUUCCCUCUUUUCUGAAGCUAUUCUCGGCACAUUGCGUCGCCCAGACUGCAGUGCCAGGCCCGGACUUGGACUUGACCACCAAAGUUAGAGGCCCCGCACGCCCGGGUGAAUCCCCUCCCCAACGAGACUCCACCAUGGCUCGGUUUCGCUCCCACCAGCGCAAGAAAAGCACCCGCUCCAUCAUCUCCGAGGGCCCCUGGAAGGUCGACACCCCGUUUGGCCCACCUCGGAUCUCCCAUAUACACGUCCCUGGAGGUAUUCGACGAAUUCGCAAUACACUGUCCAAGCUUUCCCCCUCUGCGCGCGCCGAACGAGAACUUCUGCGACAGAAGAACCGAUAUAAGAUACCCCUGACCGAGCGGAAUAUCGAUACUUUUAUCACGCAUCAAGAGUUCACCGAUGCCUGUCAUCCCAAUCAACAUAGCACCGAGAUUCAAGUGACGGCUUGGCUCAAUCGGCUCUCUUGA